AUGUCACUCAUAAAUCUGCCUCCAGAACUAUUGAACCUCAUCAUCAACAGAUUGGCGGAUAGCCUUGAGGCACGAGUGAGUCCUCUCGUACCGCUCAGGGCCAUCUACUCGCUAAGUCAUACCUGCCGAACCUUUUGGGAGAACUUCAUCUGGCGUUUGUACCGGUACGAUGCUCAGCGACUAAGAAGCUCAGCUCUUAUUUGGUCAGCAGCCAAGGGCGUCAUGACCACAGCGGAGCAGUCUCUCGCUCAGGGGGCUAGCCUGCUUGCAACGAACCAGCAUGGUCAGUCUCCGCUGUGGCUCGCUGCCCGUAACGGGCAUGAGGCCAUGGUUCAAUACUUGGUCCAACAAAAUGGCGAUGUUCAGUUUCGAAGCCCAAUUGGAAUCACACCACUCGCAGUCGCUGCACGUGAAGGAUAUGUCAGUAUCGUCCAAUUGCUCAUCCGGUUUGGAGCAGAUCCCAACACUGAAUCUAACGACCACGCAUCACCUCUUUUGUGGGCCACCCGGAGCGGAGAAGUGGAGACAGUCAAAGCCCUUCUACAAUUGGGAGCCGAAGAUCCCAAGGAUGACCCUGGCAAUUUUUGGCGAUGGUCACUGGCUGCAUACCGCUCCGGGGCAUGGAAGCACCUGCCCGAGAUAUGGGGCAUGCAGUUGCUUGGUCUUGAACUAUCUGAUGAAAGGCUCUUGAGCGAAGACGCUCUGGUUCAUGCCGUUCGUCUUCGCUAUGUGGCCAUGACGAAGCUUUUCCUGAAAGAGUUAAUGCUGGAUCUUGAAAUCGGAGCACAGAAUCAGAACCAGGAGACAAGAACCCCGACGAUUCUGAGCCUUGGCUCUCUCUCCACUGCUUUGUAUUUUGCCAUCUGGCACGGCGAUGAAGAUAUUGUGGAGCUGUUGUUGGAGCGAGGUGCUGAUACCAACACUCUCUACAACCCCUGGAACGUUUUCAGUCUACCAUUGACCCCUCUUACCCUUUCUUUGAAUCGUGGCUUUCUCGGCAUCGCAGAGCAACUCUUGGACCACGGAGCGGACCCGAACUGGGUGAUAUCCACGCCUGACUUGAGCAUGUUAGCAUGGGUGACUCAAAAUAAGCUCGAAACUGUUGUUUUCAAGAUGCUAGAGAAUGGCGCCAACCCGAACCCCUGUGGCGGCGUCCAGCCACUGCUCGUGGCCAUCUGGGCACAGAGCCCGGUGAUCGUCAAGACUCUACUCGAGUUUGGCGCAGACCCUAAUACCCCGGAUCGAUUCUGGUGUAGCGAUGGAAAGAAAUCUCGCUGUUUUAGGAGUACUUUGCCCUAUGCUCGAUGGGUUGGUAAUCAGGACAUUGUGGACUCUCUGGAACAGUACGGAGCAGUUCAUAGUUGA